UAAAUUCAAAUCUCAACGUUGUAACCGCCAGUCAGCGGCGGAUGUUCAGCGCAAUUAGACGUGCAAAUCUAAAAGUGAAAGCAACUUCAAAGAGGUUAAGACAAGCGGAGACAAUUAUUAUAAAAAUUACUUUAAAUUCCUAAAUUAAUAAUUCCAUAAAAUGAGUUUUCAUAGAAAUUUAAUAAUUUCGAAUAUGUUUUCAAAUAUGUGCUUAAAACCAAAACGUGCUUUAUGUAAAACCAAAUAAAGUACGCCUACGGUAUUACAUAAGUUUGCCUGUGAAAAAAUUGAAGUGUUUUCCAAAAGCAACUGUUGUGAAUGCGAGUUUAAAAAUUAGCAAACAGAACUUUCGAAUAUAAAACUCUUUUAAUAUUAUAUAAAAUAUACGCUUCGAAUACUCGUUAUGGAAUAUCAAAUAUUUCUCUUGGUAAUAUUUUCAAUAUGUUUAGAGAAAUUCACAACAGGCGAAUACCAGCAAAGCUUAGCGAUAACAGAUAUAUUGCCCGAGGACAUAAAGCGAUAUGACAAAAUGCGUCCACCCAAAAAGGAUGGUCAACCAACAAUUGUUUAUUUUCACGUCACCGUAAUGGGUCUCGAUUCGAUCGACGAGAAUUCUAUGACUUAUGUUGCGGAUGUGUUUUUUGCACAAACCUGGAAAGAUCACCGCUUACGACUUCCCGAAAACAUGACACAAGAGUAUAGAUUACUAGAGGUCGAUUGGUUAAAGAAUAUGUGGCGGCCAGAUUCUUUCUUCAAGAAUGCCAAAUCAGUUACUUUUCAAACCAUGACAAUUCCUAAUCAUUACAUGUGGUUGUAUAAGGAUAAGACCAUACUUUAUAUGGUGAAGCUAACACUGAAAUUGUCUUGCAUCAUGAAUUUCGCCAUAUAUCCCCAUGAUACACAAGAAUGCAAACUACAAAUGGAAAGUUUGUCACAUACAACAGACGACAUGAUUUUUCAGUGGGAUCCUACGACGCCCUUAGUAGUUGAUGAAAAUAUUGAAUUGCCUCAAGUGGCGCUCAUACGAAAUGAAACAGCAGAUUGCACCCAAGUGUAUUCGACGGGCAAUUUCACCUGUCUCGAGGUCGUUUUUACGCUCAAACGUCGUCUUGUUUAUUAUGUUUUCAACACUUAUAUACCGACUUGUAUGAUUGUUAUAAUGUCUUGGGUAUCAUUUUGGAUAAAGCCAGAAGCUGCGCCAGCGCGUGUUACAUUAGGUGUCACAUCACUGUUGACCUUAUCCACUCAACAUGCGAAGUCGCAAUCAUCUCUGCCGCCGGUUUCCUACUUAAAGGCGGUCGAUGCAUUCAUGUCCGUUUGUACAGUAUUUGUUUUUAUGGCAUUAAUGGAAUAUUGCCUGAUAAACAUUGUGUUGAGUGACACGCCCAUACCGAAACCAAUGGCUUAUCCCCCAAAACCCGUACCGGAGGGUGCGAGAAAGGAACCAGAAAAGCAGCCAGCCACAACUCCCACACCCGCACCUGCGAUCACACCCGCCAAAGGGGUGCCGGAUGAAAAGAUUGAGAAAAUUGAGAAAAUAUUCGACGAAAUGACUAAAAAUAAGCGGGUUGUGCACACACGUCGUGUUGUUCGGCCGCCACUCGACGCCGAUGGCCCUUGGAUACCGCGUCAAGAAUCGCGCAUAAUACUAACCCCAACCAUAGCGCCACCGCCGCCGCCGCCACCGCCAGAGCCCGAGCCGCCUAAACCAAAGCUUACGCCACAGCAAGAGCGUCUGAAGAGAGCCAUUUAUAUUGAUCGCACAUCGAGGGUGCUCUUCCCGGCGCUCUUUGCCGGCCUCAAUGCCAUUUAUUGGAUCAUAUUUUAUGAAUAUCUAUAAGCACACACCAACAUACAUACAUACUCUAUGUACAUCUGCUGUAGCUCAUAUACAUAAAUACAUAUAAAUGCAUUCUCUUCAGCAAUUUAGAGGUGAAUGAUGAGUAUGAUUUGUGGUUUUUACUCAACUCCAUUAGGUUAAAUAAGAAACAAGCAUUAAUAUUUACAUAAAUAUAUGUACGAGUAACUAUAAACGAAGAAAUAGAAAAUAUGUAGAUAAAUAUAGAUAAAGUUGUAGUGUUAAUGAACGAAAGUAGAAAAUUUUAUUCAAAUAAAUUUGCCAAAGCAAGUUAAUCAAAUCUAGUAUGUGUAUACAUAUAGGAAAUAAAGUAUGCACAUACAUAUGUUAACUAGCGGUAAUAUGUAUAAAUACUACUACUAAUAAGCUCGAAAUAAGUUAAUGAGCAGAAAGCUCUAUGUGAAAUUCUUAUGUUAUUAAAUUAUAAAGCCUUAAAUCUUCAAAUUGUAUAAUUUAUGAAACUUUUUAUUUCUUACAAACACUUUACAUUAAUUUGUAUACCGUUAAAGAUCAUAAUCGUGUAUAUUUAUGUCAAGAUCUAACUUAUUACAUAUAUGCCAACAUAUUAUACAUAUGGAUUCAUUAAUCAUUUAUUUCUAAUGUAAUAAUUUAUUUAGAAUGCAUUUUAUAAGCUAAUAGAAGUUGUUAUUGUAAAAAGUGUAAUAAAUUGUAACGAAUUUUAAAAUUAUAUAUUAAUUGUGAUAAUACAAAAUGAAUAUGUGUACAUUUCUGACUUAGCACCAAAUAAAAACCCAAACAGCCU